UUUAUUUAUCAAAGAUAAAGCUUCGCAGGCCAUGCGAUUUCUUAAUACAUCUUAAACACAUUCAUCGAAUGCUUGGAUAUAAGGGCAUUUGUCGGAGGGCUUACGACAGACUUUGAUCAUAUGAGAGGAAUACACAAAACUGUCAGUGGAACCCUUUGUUGGUAUUUUAACGAAAUAAUUUUGAAGAUGACACAAUGGAAACUUUUACUUCUCACGUGUGCGAUUGUGUUCGGAAGUGCCGUGUCAGAGGAAACUCACGAUGUCUACGACUAUGAAAUCGACAGCGAGGGUCACGCAAUGGAAGGGUACCUCUUUCCUGAUCUUGAGUCGGGGGACAGGAUACUGGUGAAUCUAGAAGAUGGCGAAACUCUUACAGAGAAUGGAAACGAAGUCAAGUACAUCCGACUCAAAAUUAGAAAAUCUAAAAACACAUCGGGCCCUGCUCCCAUUUUCCGAGUGUUCGACACGGAACACUUCUCCGUCAACAAAGACAACUACAUAGUGGUGGACACAAACAACACAGCUAAAUUACAGGAAGAGAAAGAACUCAAAUUUUAUGUUGUACUCACAAACAAUCAUAGGCAGGCAGUGUCAAACCCUCUUCCAUUCAUUGUUCGGAUUGAGAAAAAGACCGAGAAUCCAUCUGACUACUCUCUUCAUUCCGCCAUUUUCGCUGGAGUCUUGGUGCUAAUCAUCGUUAUAUUGGCUCUGGGAAUUCCGUUUGGAAUAAGAGCCAAAAGGCGAAUGAAAAGGGGAAAACCCGUCAUGAAAUUGGGUAGUCAUCCGGGUUCUAGUCCCGAUCUCAAGAUGAUCGUUUCGGAAUCCGUGGAGGAUAUUCCGGGAAUGCACCGCAAUCCGACCGAACCAAACUGGUACGGAGAAAAAACCAUUCUAUCAUACGAGCAAGAAGUGAAAACGGAGAAAGCUGCCUUCACCAAAGAGAUCAAACAGCUAGAGAAGAAGAUUUCUCUUGGAUUGAGCAAAGAGGCAGACGAUGAUGACGAUGGGUUAGUGAAGCGUUCAAAAGAGGAGCAAAAAGGGAUUCUAAAGAACGGCAACUCUAGUCAUGACAAUGGACAAGUGUCGUUCUCCGUUGACGUGCACGGAGCCAACGUUAACGUAAAGACAGAACAAACAUCUAAACUAUAACGUUUUUAAUUGCUUUUCGCCAAAGAUAUAAAACGUAUAUUUUUAUUAAGAAAGGUUUUUUUCAUCCACCUUGCGUCGGAUGUAAUGUUAAAUUGUAAUUUGACACAGCAUUAUACACUGUUCAUGUUAGAUAUAUACACUAAAUAUUCCUAUUUAUCAUGAAACAUAUUAAUUUAAUAUAUAGAUUUGUA